AUCCAAAGAUUCUCUCCGUCAUCCGAUGUCGCUGGCCACACACCUGUAAAGUCAUCAGUGCAGAGGGCGAUUCGCGGAACUGUGCUGUCGCAGUGGAAGAUUGAACCUGAAACGCUGGAGGCUAUAUGGCCAAAGAAGGAGGGACUGAUACACGUUAAAUGCAGAGAACAUAUUUCGAUCUACACAGUACACGGGGAGCCUCUUCUGUUCCAGCACUUUGAUGGCCCACUGUACCCAACACUAAGGAUCCUUCAUAAAUACCCGUAUAUCUUGCCCAAGGUCAAGGUCGAUCGUGGGGCGAUCCGGUUUCUGCUGGCCGGAGCCCAUAUGAUGUGCCCCGGACUCACGUCCGCAGGUGGUUAUCUACCCCCUGCAGAUGAGGCCUUGCCUGCAGGGACCCCGGUUGCGAUCUUUGCGGAGGGCAAGGAGCACGCGGUGGGGGUCGGCAUCACGAAACUGGACACUGAAGAGAUGCGGAAAGUGAAUAAAGGCGUUGGUGUGGAGACUGUUACCUACCUCGGCGACGACCUCUGGGCGCAGAAGAGCUUGUAG